AUGACCGGUCCCCUCACAAUUCCGAACUUCGAGGCAUGGCGUGAACAGCAUAAUCAAAAGCAGCAAAGCAACAAGCGCUCGAAGCGAGGACGCCAAAAUGUGUAUAAUCCCACCUACGAGUCGCUGCCUGGCCAUAAGUUCUUCCGAUUAGACCGCGGAGCCAUCGACGACGAGUUUCAUAAGAUCUCGACAGCAGUACUGAAGACUCUGGACGGAGCGAGACCACAAGAUAAGCAACUCGCAGCUCUACAGCUACUCGCUCGUCGUUUGCAGACGGUCGUCAUUCCAGAGACCCUGGACGUUGCCGUCGUGGGGGAGCAAGGCAUGGGCAAGAGUCUAGCUAUCAAUGCCCUGCAACAUCGUCCGAGGUUAUCGACAACAUCGGCGAGUGGCGGUGCAUGCACGGCUUCGGCUAUUAGGUUUUGCUAUAAGCAGGAUGCCGCGGAGUACUCCGACAGCUUUGAUGCGAAGAUCAAGUUCAUGACCGACGAAGAGUUGACCGAGAGCAUCGAAGAGCACAUCAACAGAUAUUAUCAUUUCCACUUCUCCGACAAUGUGGAUGAUGAGACGUAUUUCGAAGAUCAGAAGGCAGCCAAAGAUGCUGAAGCUUUCCUUGAGCUGCUUCACAACUCAGAACACGACUGUAAAGCAGCAUCGCAACUAAAGAUUCUCCUCACCGCCGACAACAUCAAGGGAAAGAAUCUUCUGAAUGCCACAAUGUCGAUGGCACAUCGUCGCAUUGACGAAACGCGUUCGCUGUGGUCCGAGAGUGAAGAACGAACGAUCAUAUUCAAGGACCGUGGCAUCAAGGCGUUGAUGGAAGAGGUCGAGCAGUACAUGGCCAUGUUCCCUUCCAUGCCGUCCUUGUGGCCAAUCGUCCAAAGCCUCGAUAUUCUUCUUUGGUCUCUCCUCGCAAAGCAUGGGGUAAACCUCAGGGACUUGCCUGGCUUGAACGAUGAGAAUCAGAUUCGAACGGCAGCUACAAAUGCAUUCAGACGCAAAGCUGGAUACGAGAUGAUCUUCGCUAGGGCAGAUCGGGUCACCACCGAUAACAACGUGCACCGAUAUAUCAGGCAGUCAAUCAAAGCUCAUGGUGCUAAAGGAACGAUACUCAUUCUCACCAAGAAAGACGAAUACCUACUAGAUACCAAUUCGGCGGAGAAAGUUAUCAAAACGCACGAGGCCGAGCCCUUCCCUACUAUCCGCGACCACAUGGCUCUGAACGAAAAGGCGAUGGACAAGUUACCAGAGGACGACGAAGCCGCUGAUCUAGAGUACAAUGAUCGCCAGGAAUAUCACGCUUAUCUCGGGAACCUCGGUAGGUUGGCUUUCAUACAGCAUCGUGGCGAAGGAGUAGCGGCGGAAAUGAAAGACAAAUUCAAGGAAAUGGAUCCGGUCCCGAUCACAGUCUUCUCCAUCUCCGCUUCCAUGUAUAUGGAGUGGAUGAAACAGAGCCACGUGGAACGACCUCUGAUGUCGCCUGCAGAGACUGGAGUUCCCGCCGUUCGACAGCACCUCCUCCAGCUUUGCGCCGAGGCAAAUCUCAAAGUAUACGAGGACCAUGCUUUUGGCAAGAUGGAAAGCAUGCUAGACAAAUGUCGACGAAUUACCGAUGUAGAGAGGAAAGACAAUAGCUAUGCCCUCCUUCGUCCUGUUUUCGCCGCGGUAGUUGCCAAGAUCCGCGAGAAUCUCGUGAACAUUUUCAGCCAAUUCAUCAGCAAUGAUAACGUGGAUGAGGUUUUUGAGUUUAACGAUAGGCCAACGCGACAGAAGGAGCUGCUUAGAGUCGUCGACGACUGGGGUUAUGGCACCCAUUGGAACACAUAUCGAUCUUGUCUUAUGCGCAAGGGCAUCGGUUUCUCGGCAUCCGCGAAGUACAAGACCGCCGAAAACCCCAACGGAUCGUACAACUGGAACGAAGAUCAAGGCAAUGUCAUCAUCAAAGACGUGGAUGGAUGGAGGGAACGUAUGGACCCCGCAGUCAGCUUGCUGGCAAGGCAACUUGAAGAAGCCAUCAUGUCAGGCUGCCGAGAUAUCCAGGCGUGCAUCCAGUCAUCUUCGCUUCCCGCGGAGCUCCGCACUGCUGCUAUUCAAGAAUGGAAUGGCUGCGAACUGAAUGUGUUGCGGCUGGCCAAUGCCGAAGACAAGCUGCAAGAUGCGGUGAACGACACGCACCAGUAUGCUACGACAGAGACCGAUAUCCGGUGCAUGAACGCCAAGGUGAACGUGGAAUACUACAGAGAAGUCUACGACAUUGACAAUUGGUCUCGAAGCAAAUUCACGAGCCGUUUUGCCGCACAGAAGAGCAUGAUGAGUGACGUGAUGAGUUCGCCCGACAAAGCUGGCCGAGUGCUCAUCGACAGAAUCGAGCACGCCGUCACGCUACGGUCGAGGCAAGAUCUGGAAGGUGCUUUUGAUGGAUUCCUCGCUGAGGUUAUCAAGGCCGCGGAGGCCUUUGAUGAGCAUCUGAGCGACCUCGCACCACUGGACUACGAUCUGACUGACUCGGACCGGCAGCUGCGCGAGGAUGUUCUGAGGCGCAUUCCGGAGCUGGAGCGCAUGGUUGCAGAUGUGCGUGCGAAGUUCAGCGACGAGGCGCUGCUGACGCAGCAGGUUGUGCUUUUUACGAGGCACAGGGAGGAGGGCGAGCCAGCGGCUAAGAGGAUCAAGGUUGAUGCGGAUGAGUAG